AUAACUCCAAAACAAGUAAACUCAGUGGACUUCAAGUCUGAAAUGAAAUGAAGCUUAAUGUAGCAGGUGAUCGAAUCGACAUAGCCUAAAUCAAAAAGAAUACCAGCACGAUUUAAUAAGUGCAUGGCGCACUCUUUCUUGGCAUGUGGUGUAACUGCCUUCUGGUAAUUGUGAAAUAUUUGCGCUUUCUAUCCGGUUCUCAGCAGAGGCAUUGAUACCAAUCCCUUUACCAAAAUGAAAUGUGCAUUUUGCUGCGUUGCAUUAUGAUCAAAUGAAUUCAGUGGGCGCUGAGUGCACUCCAUCGAUUGGACAUUGCUGUCUCCAUUUCGCGGGCAUGCGAGGUUUGCUUUUCAGUCAUCUUCAUUAUCAGGAAAUGUCAAUAUAUGUUGUUUAAACACAUUAAGUGACUGUAGUAUAAAGGCUACUUUACGUCACUGGUCAAUUCGACUUAUCUGUAAUCAGCAGCAGGCAACGAAAGUUAGGCGAGUCAAGACUUUCAGAAGCACUUUCCACUGGACAGUGCUCCAGCGGCUUUGGGAUCGAGACAGCCUACUCAAACGCAUGGAUUUCUUUGGGAUAUUUCAAACGAUGGAUGGAACUCUUUGGAAGUAAGGUCGAGGACAUUCUUCAAGUAAUCUACACAAUAUUACAAACAGGAACGACAUUUUUCUCGAUUCUUACAUUGACACGUUUGUGCAUUGGAUAUGGGUCAGUUCACACCGAGCAGAUUCUGCCAGAGCAGACCCGGUAGAGGGGAAUUCACUCAGCAACCCGGAGAAUUGAGCCGAGUGGCCUGAAGGCUCUGACACGAAUCAACCAACCCCCCCACCCCCAAGGGAAGGGGAGAGAUUAAAAACUCCUGAUCGACGUGGAGGGAGAGAGUAAGAGAAGGAGGGAGAGAGAGAGAAGGGGAAAAAAGAGCUUAUCAUACACCUUUGCUCUUCUUAAUGCCCCCUGUGAGGGAUCGCCAUAGGCAGGGUGGUGAGUAACAGCGGGCAGAGGAGUAGCUGCCCACCACACUAGUCAGACCAUGGAGUGAGGAGAAUAGAAGGAAAGAAAAAGAUAAGAAAAGAAGAGGAUAUAUCAUUUGAAGAACCAAACUUAGAGCAAAGCAACGAGACACAUCACCUGUUCUGUGCCCACCUCUUCGAAAAGUAUUAUUAAGGUUAACCCCCAUGACAUAAAGUAGUGUUCUCUGUGUUCCUGAUUCCGCUGGGUUCUAGAGUGUGUCAGUAUUCGUGUCUGGGCUGUGGUCAUGGUGUCUCAGCUCCAGGGGUGUGCUUUGCAUCGGACAGACAGGAUCUGUCACAGAGGCAGCCUGAUCAGGCUCUUACUUCUACUCUACUGCUCUCUCAUGACCGCCCAGGCUGCCAAACCCAAAGGCCCGGGUGGCACACACCUCAACUCCAUCCGCAUCGAUGGAGACAUCUCCCUGGGAGGCCUGUUUCCUGUGCACGCCAGGGGCAAUGAAGGCAAGGCCUGUGGGGAGCUGAAGAAGGAGAAGGGGAUCCAUCGUCUGGAGGCCAUGCUGUUCGCCCUGGACCGUAUCAACAAUGACCAUUCCCUGCUGCCCAAUAUCACGCUGGGAGCACGCAUUCUAGACACGUGUUCCCGGGACACCCACGCCCUGGAGCAGUCACUUACCUUCGUCCAGGCCCUCAUCGAGAAGGACGGGACGGACGUCAAGUGUCUUGGCGGGGGAGCACCCAUCAUCACCAAGCCUGAGAGGGUAGUGGGAGUCAUUGGAGCCUCGUCCAGCUCUGUGUCCAUCAUGGUGGCCAACAUACUGCGGCUCUUCAAGAUCCCCCAGGUGAGUUACGCCUCCACGGCCCCGGAGCUGAGCGACAACACACGUUAUGACUUCUUCUCGCGCGUGGUGCCCCCAGACACCUACCAGGCUCAGGCCAUGGUAGACAUCGUCAAGGCCAUGCGCUGGAACUACGUCUCCACCGUGGCGUCAGAGGGCAACUACGGAGAGAGCGGGGUGGAUGCCUUCAUACAGAAGUCUCGAGAGGAUGGAGGUGUGUGCAUCUCUCAGUCGGUCAAGAUUCCCCGGGAGCCGAAACAGGGAGAGUUUGAUAAGGUCAUUCGCAGACUAAGAGAAAACCCAAAUGCAAGGGUGGUCAUUAUUUUCGCCAAUGAGGAUGAUAUCAGGCGGCUACUCCAAGCAGCCAAGAAGGCCAACCAGACUGGCCAUUUCAUCUGGGUGGGCUCAGACAGCUGGGGCUCAAAGAUCUCUCCAGUGUUACACCAGGAGGAGAUGGCAGAGGGAGCAGUCACCAUCCUGCCCAAACGUCAGUCCAUCAGAGGGUUUGAUCGUUACUUCAUCAGCCGCACACUGGAGAACAACAGGAGGAAUAUCUGGUUUGCUGAGUUCUGGGAGAACAACUUCGCCUGCAAGUUGAGCCGACACGCUUUGAAGAAAGGGUCCGGGCUGAAGAAAUGUACAAAUCAGGAGCGGAUAGGGAAGGACUCCAACUAUGAGCAAGAGGGGAAGGUGCAGUUUGUUAUCGAUGCAGUCUAUUCCAUGGCCCACGCGCUGCACAACAUGCACAGGGAACUCUGUCCGGGGAAGGUGGGCCUUUGCUCCAGGAUGGAUCCCAUCAAUGGCACUCUACUGCUCAAACACAUCCGCAUGCUCAACUUCGCAGGAAUAGCUGGCAACCCAGUGCUCUUCAAUGAGAAUGGAGACGCCCCUGGUCGCUAUGAGAUUUAUCAGUACCAGAUCAGAAACAGAACAGCUGAGUACAAAAUCAUCGGCCACUGGACCGAACAGCUCUAUCUGAACAUCCGAGCAAUGCACUGGCCAGGUGGAGGUCGUCAGAUCCCUUACUCCAUCUGCAGCCACCCCUGCCAGGCCGGAGAGCGCAAGAAGAUAGUGAAGGGCAUCCCUUGCUGCUGGCACUGCGAGCGCUGCAACGGCUACCAGUACCAGUCAGACACCUACAGCUGCAAGAUGUGUCGCUUUGACCUCCGUCCCAACGAGAACCACACUGCCUGCCGUCCCAUCCCCAUUGUCAAGCUGGAGUGGAGCUCCCCAUGGGCCAUCAUCCCUGUCCUCAUCUCCGUAGCGGGCAUCAUGGCCACCCUGUUCGUGGUGGUCACCUUCAUCCGCUACAAUGACACACCCAUCGUCAAGGCGUCAGGCCGCGAGCUCAGCUACGUUCUGCUGACUGGUAUCUUCAUGUGCUAUGCCACCACCUUCCUCAUGAUUUCUGCCCCUGAUGUUGGCAUCUGCUCCCUCAGACGGAUCUUCCUGGGUCUGGGGAUGAGUAUCAGCUACGCAGCCCUGCUCACCAAGACUAACCGCAUCUACCGCAUCUUCGAGCAGGGAUCCAUGUCGGUGAGCGCCCCCAGGUUCAUCUCCCCAGCCUCCCAGCUGGUCAUCACCUUCAGCCUGACGUUGGUGCAGCUACUGGGGGUGUGUAUCUGGUUUGGGGUAGACCCAUCUCAGGCCAUCAUCGACUACGAGGACCAGCGCACGGCCAAUCCGGACAUGGCCCGUGGUGUGCUCAAAUGUGACAUCUCUGACCUUUCACUGAUCUGCCUGCUGGGUUACAGCAUGCUGCUCAUGGUCACCUGCACGGUGUACGCCAUCAAGACCCGGGGGGUGCCGGAGACCUUCAACGAGGCCAAGCCCAUCGGCUUCACCAUGUACACCACCUGUAUAGUCUGGCUGGCCUUCAUUCCCAUCUUCUUUGGCACCUCCCAGUCCACAGAGAAGAUGUACAUCCAGACCACCACUCUGACCAUCUCCGUGAGUCUGAGUGCCUCUGUCUCUCUGGGGAUGCUCUACUUGCCCAAGGUCUACGUGAUCCUCAGGCGCCCAGAGCAGAACGUGCCCAAACGCACACGCAGCCUUAAGGCCAUGGUCACUGCCACCACCAUGUCCAACAAGUUCAACCCCAAGGCCAGCCUACGUCCCAAUGGAGAGGCCAAGACUGAGCUGUCUGAGAGCUUGGAAACACAAGGUGAGUUAAAAGCUUUCGCCACAAAGCAGACAUACAUCAGCUACAGCAACCAUGUCAUCUAGGAGAGGAAGGCCGUCGUCGUUGUUCUGGAUGGUCACCUCAUGACGGGUGAAAAUGUUCUUAUGCACUGGAAUGAAAUGGGAAAUAGAGUAAGAAAAUGGACAUGAUGUGAGGAUCACUAAAGGAUUUCCCUGGGAAUAGUCAUAAUAAAGGAAAGAGAGAAGACCACACAGAGAUGCAGAGAGGGACCCUCAAGGGCCCAACAGAACAGAUACAGUUGCAUGGUGAUGCUCCAUCUUGUCGGCCAUGACAGACAAGGCCAACACUUCCCCCCCUGGCAGAGACCGGAGAGGAUAUGAUGCGGGAUGAGGCUUCUCCUCCCUUCUCGAUGUUUGCAUUGCAGCUUUACUCUCUCUCUCUCUCUCUCUCUCUCUCUCUCUCUCUCUCUCUCUCUCUCUCUCUCUCUCUCUCUCUCUCUCUCUCUCUCUCUCUCUCUCUCUCUCUCUCUCUCUCUCUCUCUCUCUCUCUCUCUCUCUCUCUCUCUCUCUCUCUCUCUCUCUCUCUCUCUCUUUUCUUAUCUUGAGCCGACCGGACUGACAUGCAAUCCAAUUGAAAGAAUCUGUUCAGGUGUAUGCCAUGCAAGGUUGUAGUCUGCCAGUAUUCUCAACAGUAAGGGACAUUGCUCUCAAUGCUUCAGGAAGUUGCAGAGCCACCAGGAUGAGAGUAAUCAGUCUUUUAUUUCAAGGAGGAUUUUACGUUACGUAAUUGUUUUGUUGUUGUCUUUUGAAAGGUAUUCCAGUUUAAAAAGAAAAUACUGGAUGAAAGAAACCAUUCCAACAAUGCAGGAUAAUUGUACUCCAUCAUAUUUUUGUUGUUUUUGCCUUACCUGUCUUCAUUGAGUUGACCCAAAAAAUUAUAAUGAUGUUGACAAAAAAAUAAUAUGGUCUUUACUGAUUUUGAGCAUGCCAGUUUGAACAUCCUGUGUUGUGUUGUAAAAAAAAUAUUUGGAAUGCGUUCAAACUCUGUUGCAGUGUCGUUUCUAUUAUAUGUAAAUUCCAAACUGGUGAAGGUCUGUGAUCUUUGUUUCUUUGUGUGAGGUGAGGCCCUGAUCUGUGUUACCAGCUAACCAAAGGCUGCCACUGUCCUCUGCCCACUUUGCCCAUACUUUAAUACUGUAACUCCAGACUAAAACAAAGAGUCUCUCAGUAAAAAUAGAGAGGUGUCAUGGUGGACUGAACACAGAGGUACAGAAUGCCUCAAGAUAAAAACGUAAUAUUCAAAAUCUGUAAAUUUAACUAAAUAUUAGCUCUUCACUCCACAUACUGUUCUCAUGGGCAAUAACCUUUCAUCUGGAUAACAACACAAAACAAAUUAUAAGGCUAGAGAAAUGUAUUGACCAAUAUCACCAAUACAAUCAACAGCAAAACAUGUUGGAGAGUAAGCAUGAAGUACCAAUCCCCAAAAGAAUAUGAGACUCCUUGAUGGACACAUACGAUUUAUGCUUUUCACCACUGGGAAUGGUAAGUGUAGAAACCGACUUGCUAAAGUCGAUAAACGAUAAACUGGGCAUACUUGAACGAGUCAGUAAAGAUAUAAAGCAAUUGAAGGGGAGCUUCGAGAUCAGUGACGAAAAAGCUGCGACACUGGAGAAAGAAACAAACAAGCUAAAAGGUACAGUCAAUACAAUUGAAACGGACGUUAAAGAACUUAAAAAGGAGAACCUGUUUCUCAGACAAGCCUUACUUGAAAUACAGACUAGAUCUAUGAGAGCAAAUCUGGUAAAAAGAGGGUGAAGAUCCUGAAAGUGUGAUGAAAUAAUUAUGUCUUGAAGAGCUACAGAUCCCAGGCGAUACUGUUAACAAAAUCAAACUCUAACGUGUACACCGUUUAGGACAGAGAGGACAGAGAUAUAAGCACCCAAUCAUUGACAAAUUUGCAUUCUUCCAAAAUAAAAUAAAUGUUAAAAGCCUAGAUGGAAGACUCACUCACUGGCACGAAAAUAGGCAUGAAUGAUCAGUUCCCAAAGGAAAUUGCAGAACGGCGUAGUUUAUCUCGUCGUCGAUAAACUGAAUAUUGAUAACCAAUUGUUCCGAGUCACCAAGACUACUCCAUGGCUAUUCUAAAUAUUACAAAGUUCCCAUAAAGGAUUCCAAUAACGGAACAUCCAAUACUAUCCAUGGUAGGGAUUGUAAUACAUUUUUUGGGGAAAACUAGUCUCUCAGGCUGCAAGAGGCCCUAUAGUGAGAUACCAUCGAUGACCCCCAUCCAUUUCCAGCAGCUAUCCUACCGGUCACACAAAGGUACAGCUAAGUUGUACAGAUCCAAAUCCAUUAAAUGGGGAGUAAAGUAUCCCCAGGGGAGUAUGCCACACAGGAGAGUCAUGCACCCAAGAUGAUAUCCAUAAUGGAUAAAACAGUGGUUUUAUGUGGUAAAACAGUAGACUAAUUAAUAAAUAAAUAAAUAAUCUCUGAGGAAUGUGUCCUGGUUUGCAAAAUGCUUCAGCGAUAUACUAGUAUACUAUGACCUCAAGCUACAGAAAGGAAUCUACUCAAGACAAAAUGCCAAAGGAUCCAGUAGUCCUUUCAGCCGCCAUCAGUUCUCUGAAUAAAUACAUCAGAAGGGGUUGCUGUAAAACUGAAGUCCUUUAGUUUAUUUUAUUUUAUAUUGUGAGGUCAUUUGUGAUGUGAACUCAACGCUGCUUUUCCAUUAACCUCUGUAUUACUAAAAUAAUAAAAUAACGUGAGUGCUGACCAAAUGAAAUGGCAAGUUAAUGUACGUUAUGAAAUAGAUUGAUGAUGUCCGCUUUUAUGUCUUGACAAAUCUAAAAAGGGAAAAAUGUAAACAAAAAAAGAAACAGUGCCUGGCUAUCUGACUACGUAUUUGUAAAACCUAUUGAAAAGUAAUGAAGU